AUUUGACUAGUUCUGUUGGCCAUGACCUGUCAGACUCCUGUAGGCCUGACAGAGGUGCCUCAUUCCCUUGGGACCAACAGGGAGUCUUCUCAGCGCUUGCUGUACAUGGUGACUCCUGGGAGGACCGUCGCCAAGGGCCUUUGAGUUUCCAAGGGUCAGAGAUGGAAGCUUCACAAGCACAACUGCAGACAAGCACCCAGGUGACCCAUCACCUGCAGCUGCAGCGGGACCAGCAGUUUGACUGUGGUGACGGCAACGCCAGGCUCGGCCUUCCCUCCACCGUGUGGGGCUUCACAGCCAACACUGAGUUUGGAGACCAAGGGCUGCCCCUGCAAGAGCUGGGUUUGGAUGCUUCCAUCGGAAUGAAGAUCCCUCCCAAGGUGGAGGGCGAGGGCUCAGCUGCCAGCCAGCAUGAACGUCAAGUCUCUAGCAACAGUAAUGCCUCCAGUGUCCUGAAGCAGAAGAUUCUGCGAAGAAAACUGCUGCGCAGCAAGUGGAGAAUAGCAUGCAGGUUCCCUGGCCUUCAAGCGUAGGGGACAGAGCACCAGCCUCGGGCUCCCCCUUCAGCCCCUCCUCUCAAGAGGAUCCCAGCCUGCUCCUGACUCUUGUCACCAUGUGGUCAUCCCUCCAGGCUCAGCCGUCAGCAGAACCCAACGAAGACCCACAUUUGAUCCCUCUGUCUCUCUCUCUGUCCCUCUCUCUAUCUCUCCUAUGUCUCUCCAUCUCU